UGAAGAGCCGUUCCAGCACACGAAAACAAGCAAUCGCCCAUAGCAACAGUGCCUGAAAAAAGCUGAAAACUCCAAAACUGACUUCCAUUUCUCCGAUUCUCAUCCCUCAGAGUUUGUCGCCUUUUCCUGGUGCGGGAUUGUGAUGCAGUUUGUACCCAUUGUUUGAGAUGAAUGGUGGAGAUAAGAGGAAAUGGGAGGUUGUUGUUGCUGUGCUUCUAGAGGAGUUGAACUAAACAAUACACCUGCAUACUAUUAUGAACAUGAGUUGUCAUCCGCCAUUCCUGUAAGCUGCAAUUGGACCAUUUCUUGUUCUUUCUGCUAAUAACUGGGCACUGCUGAUGAUAUCAAUUGUAAUUUAGUUGUUCUUGAAGUUAGUCCUUUUAAAACCAUUAGCAAGUUGCUUAUGUACCUGAUGUCAAUUCAGGUCAAUUGUAAAAAUGAGUCAAACUGUAGACAUAACUGAAAUGAAAAUUUUACUUGCUUUCCUGUAUACCACCACCAUUCAGUUUUAUAAAAUUGGUUGGAAUUAUCUCAUAUGAAGUACCCAAGAGCAUCAGAAGAACAUGUACGUUUAUCGUCUCAACAUGGUGCUAGCUCUGGCCUCUCUACUGGACUCCUGGUUGAUACCAAUCUGGACACAUCAAUCCCAGAUGCUUAUAGACCACCUCCUGCUCCUCUGCCAUUUGACGUGGGUUUAGUGCCUUCUCAAACUGGUUCAGUUGCUCAAGAAAUUCAUAAUAGUAAGAGAAAUGCACUAGUGCAAACAACAAAUUCUGAUUCUGGUCAGGAUGCAAUAGAUGUCAAUGCUCAAAAUAUGUCAACUGAGUCUGAGGGGUUGAAUGAAUUAGACUGCAAAGCACAGUCUAAUGUUGAAAGUGAACUGCUAAAGAAGUUAGAAGUUGAGCUUUCAAAGUCAGCUGAAAGCAUUGUAUCUGCAACUGAGGAGGAGGAUGUAUGCCCAAUCUGUUUGGAAGAGUAUGAUGCAGAGAAUCCCAAAAUCACCACAAAAUGUGACCAUCACUUUCAUCUUGCAUGUAUCCUUGAAUGGAUGGAAAGAAGUGACACCUGUCCCGUGUGCGACCAGGAAGUGAUAAUCAACACUCCUUACUGAUAAGUAGCUGUCUGUUGGGAGUUAAAUUAGCUGCUCCAAACCAAGGUUGAAAGCAAAGCUUACUUUACGGUGCAUGAGAGAAAGACUUUCUUGACGUUUCUUUUACCAUUUCCUGUUUCUAGUGGCUGUUGCAGAUUUGGCCAUGGUUUUGGUUUUGUUUUUCUACUUUUCUUUUCCUUCCCCCACCCCCUUUUUCUUCCUUAUCCCUUUCUUUUUUUUUCCCCCUUUAUAAGUCUUGUCCUUUCCUAGUGCAUAAUAUCUUUGUGCAUUCAUAUCCCUUUAAACUUGAAAAUUUUGAAAGACAACGAAAAAGGAGAAAGCAAUUGCAAGAAAAGGUAAACAGAAACUGGUUUGCUGCCAUUUAAGAAGGCUAAUACUCAUUAACUAUUUUUCAUCCAUAAGGUUUAGAAGAUCAUCAUAUCAUUUAGUUAUUAAUUGUCAAUUCCAUAGGAGUAAUACAGGAAAUAUAAUGCCUUUACAUUCUGUGUCGAUGCAGCAAGUGUCUACGAAACUUGUAGUUUUGGAAGCAAUGCUUCCUCAUACUUAUAUUUCAUCAUAUAAAUGGCAUGUGGUUGU